AUGUACAAAUAUUCUAUUUUUAUUAUUCACAUCAUUUUUUUUGUUAUCGUUUCAACAAAACUCUAUCCUGAAGAUAUAUAUUCAUUGGAAACAUGUAAUAUUCCAGAAGAAUUUUCGUAUAUAAAUCAAAAUGAAUUUAAUAAUCGUUAUGGUAGCGAAAAAUAUUUAGCUAAGCCAGUUGUAUUUCGUCAAAUACCAAUCGAUAAACAAUUUCUUAAUUUGAUUCAACUGGAUUCUAUAUUGCGUCGUUAUGGAAAUAAAUAUAUAACUGUAACAACAGCAAAUACAUAUUCAUAUAAAAAACAAUACAUUAAACUAAAUGACUAUAUUAGUCUACAAAAAGAAUCGCCAGUAAAAUCCAAAUGGGGAAAUGAAACCCUUUAUUGGUUCGGUGAUGAUUUAUUAAAUGAUCAAAAAUGGCUUCAUCAAAUGCUACGAUAUUAUAAACCACCACCGUAUGCUGUUGGUGAUUUUUUUGAACCAUCAUUAAAUUUUGGCAUGGGUGGUACAGGUACUGGUGUACCAUUUCAUUUUCAUGGUCCCGGUUUUCAACAAAUGAUAGUCGGUAGAAAACGUUGGUAUUUAUCUGUAGAAAAACCUUUUUUUGAUCCAAAUGAAACUACAACUGAAUGGGCAAUUGAAAAACGAUUCAAACAAAAGCAGCCAUUUCUUUACGAAUGUACGUUACAUCCAGGCGAUAUUAUUUUUUUCCCCAAUCUAUGGUGGCAUGCAACGUUAAAUCUAGAUUUCUCAAUUUUUAUAUCGACAUUUUUAAGUCUAUAA